AUGGAUAAAUCAUGGGUUUCAUCUGAUAGAUUAUCAACGGCAUAUGACGAAGGCGUGAAAGCCUUUUUAGAGUUUGCGCAAAGUAAUUAUAAAAAUUUAGAAGUUAUUCCAUGUCCUUGUGUGAAUUGUAUCAAUUUGAUUCACCACUCGAUUGAUAUGGUGCGUUAUCAUCUGUUUGCCCACGGUUUCGAUGAGAAUUAUAAGAUUUGGUCUUUCCAUGGAGAAAUUUUUUCUAAUGUUACAUCAUUCUCUACUUACCCUAAUGAAUCUAGGCCUCCUGAGUUUGAUUAUACAAAGGAUAUGGUGCAUGAUGCCUUCACGUAUGUAGAGAAUGAUCCUGAUUCAUUGAAAUCACUUCUUGAAGAAUGUGAUAAGCCAUUAUACGUAGGGUCAAAAUAUAAUGCUCUUAAUGGUUUAUUAAAAUUCCAAAAUUUGAAGGGUCAAUUUGGCUGGUCAGAUACUAGUUUUGAAGCUUUGCUGGGUGUUCUAAAAGAUGUUUUGCCUUUAAACAAUACGAUUCCUAUCUCGAUAUAUGAGGCCAAGAAGUUUCUAAAAGGAAUUACUCUAGAUUAUGAGAAAAUUCAUGCAUGUGAAAAUGAUUGUGUUCUAUUCUGGAAUGAACAUAAGGACAUAUCUAUUUGUCCAACUUGUGGCACAUCUCGUUGGAAGAAGAAUACCAAAGACGUGCCGAGAAAAGUUAUGUGGUAUUUUCCGCCUGUCCCUAGAUUUAGAAGAAUGUUUUCGUCACCCAAAGUGGCAGAAGACUUAAUUUGGCAUGCACAAGGUCGGGUUAAUGAUGGUAAGCUAGCUCAUCCUCGUGAUUCCCCCUCUUGGAAGCUUGUUGACAACAACUAG